UGCUUGUUGUUGACCCGUGGGAGAGACGACUAAGACGACUAAGAAGAAGUGUGUGGUUGUGGAAGAAGAAGACUCUGAAUCUCCUCCAAUCUCUCAUUGCUGUUUCCAGCUUUCAAAUUCGGUCAGCCCAACCAGGUUAAGAAAUGGACUCUAAGAAAGCGGAAAUGGAUGAGAUUCUACUACUGCUACAAAACAACAAUGUAACAUCGAUCAUUCUUCUUGGGAAACAUGGAGUAGGGAAGACGUGGAUGGCAAAAGAGAUAAGCGAGCACGCCAUGAGUGUGGGCUUAACCAACAGGACUAUUUGGGUCUAUCUAAAUAAAAAAUAUAAUAGGAGGACUCUUCAUGAGAGAAUUGCCCGCCAGUUGUCUCUACUCUCUAAUGAGGAGUGGGAAGACGAUGAGGAGGAUGAAAAGGAAGAGACCUUGGAAAACUUGAAACUCAAAAUUUCUACAACGCUUAAAGAAGAGGCAACUGUAAAGCGUGAAAAAUCAGGACAUGAAAAAAGUCAAGAAAACAAAUUUUUUCUACUAAUUCUAGAUGAUGUUCUUCAAAAACAUGAAAGAGAGAUUAUGUCUGAUCUUCACCACCUGGGACUGAAUGAGCACAAUUUCUUUAAGGUUCUUAUGACCACAGAAGAAACUCGUGACCAACUUGCUUCUGAAGGAUUCAAGAAUGAGACUGAGAGCCGCAACAGAAGGCUGCAUCAGAUAAAAACCUUGUCUCAGCACGAGUCAAAAAAAUUAUUGAAAGAAAGAAUCAAGACAUCAAUCCUUGACUCUCCUCACAUAGAACGUCAAAUUGCAGCCAUGGAAAAUGAGAUAAGCAAAGGUAUCCCGGCAACAAUAAUUACCAUCACAGAAGCCUUGAACUACAUUGAACAGCAUGACUCUGGGGCUUGUUUGUUGGAAAGUAUUCUGGAAGAAGCAGGAAAUGAUGGGAAAGAAGCUGACCACGUAACUCGGCUACUAUGUUGUUGGUAUGACAUGUUGCCUAGGAAUGUUAUAGAUCACUGCUUUUGGCAUAGCAUCCAACAUUUUCUUAGACAUGGUGGGGCACAUUACAAUGAAUUAAUCACCCAUUGGAUAAUAGAAGGGUAUUUCGGAUGCUUUGAUCAAAUUAAGAAGGCAUAUGAGCAGGGACAUGAUGUUUUAAUGAAGCUCAUAGAUUAUGGAAUACUGGGCAAGCAAAAGGAUAAUAUCAUUAUCAUGGAUCAAGCAUUUUCCUGUAUAACUCAUCAUCGCCAUUCUGUAUAUACUAAAACUGCAAGCCUUGGUCUGGUUAAUGCUUUCAAAGAUAAAGAUGAGCAUUGGGAAGGAUUUGGGAGGCUAAUGCACACAAGUGGUAUGAUAAAAUCACCCUAUGGUCGUAAAAACUGGGAGAAAGUCUCUGCACUCAUGAUGGAUGGAAGUUAUCUCUCUAAGGAAGUUCCUGAAACAUUUUUCCAACCCAUUCAUGGACUUGAAGUUUUUGGUAUAUUCAAUCCCCUGUUCACAUAUCUGCCCUUGCCGCUGUCUACCAUGAAGAAGCUUGUUGUACUGGUGCUCCGAGGCUGUGUUCUAUUGGAGAAAAUUGAUCGUAUCAGGGAACUUGUAAACUUACAUGUUCUUGAGGUAUCUGGUGCUGCUUCAAUGGAUGAAAUCCCUCAUGAUCUCUUUCAGAACUUGCCAAACCUUCAAUGCUUUAAUCUCUCUGCACCCAAGAUAGAAUCAUUACCUCCUUCUCUUUUUAACCGAAGUAAAUUGCGGUGGCUUAUCCUUAGACAGUGUGUUUGCUUGAAAACGCUUCCAAGCCUUCAAGAACUUGUAAAUCUUGAGGUAAUUGAUCUAUCAGGUGCUGUCUCUUUAAGCAAACUCCAAGAUGAAACUUUUUCUCCAUUGAAAAAGCUUCAAAUGAUUGAUUUUUCCAAAUCCAAAAUUGAUCGAUUACCUUCUCUUGACAAUCUUAAGAGGCUCACUGGACUCCGGUUAAGUGGCUGUGCAUCCUUGACCAGACUACCCAGCCUGAAAACAUUAUCUAGCCUUCAACUUCUUGAUGUUUCAGACGCUAAAGGUUUAAAGGAAAUUCAGGAUGGCUCUUUAGACAACAAGGUUGACCUUCAAAUGGUUAAUUUGUCUGGAACUGCAAUUAGGCAACUACCUUCCAGUAUGAGCAACCUUUCUGAUCUCCUCUUGAAAAAUUGUUCUUUUCUCGGAAGAUUGCCAUCCACAGUAGCAUUUAAAAACCUCAAAAUACUGGAUGUUUCUGGUUCCAGUGCUUUAUAUGAAAUUGAAGACAAAUCCUUUGAACAUCUGAGGUUCCUUAAAAUUCUUGACUUUUCAAAAACCAAAAUCAAGGAAUUACCAUCCCUUUCAAACCUUGGUAACCUUCGUCAGAUGGCACUAAUAGGUUGUUCAUUUUUGCAAAACCUACCUGACUUGGGAGGACUUAAAAGACUUCAGAAGCUCUAUCUUUCUGGUUGUGUAAAGUUGGUGGAGUUGCCAUCCCUAAGUGCUCUUGAGAAACUAGAGGUCGUCGAUGUUUCAGGCUGUAGAUCUCUGAAAUUUAAGGAAGUUAAAUCUUUUGAGAAAAUGCUUGGCCUUCAGAUCCUCAACCUCUCUGAAACUAAAAUUGAGUCCUUACCAACACUUUGCAAGCCUAGCAACCUCAGUCACCUCAUACUUCAAAACUGCAUUGGCUUAAAAAUACUUUCACCCCUUGAACAUCUCUCAAAACUUGAGGAGCUUGUUCUAUGUGGUGCAUGCUCCUUAGAAGAAACUAAGGCUCAAUUCUUGGAAGGUAUGAAGGACCUUCAAAUUCUUGAUUUAUCAGGAACCCCACUUACAACUCUACCAUCCUUGUCAAACCUCACCAACCUCAGGAAGCUUACACUAAGAGGUUGUUCGGGCUUAAAGACGGUGCCAGGUAUGGAAGCCUUAAAAAAUCUUGAGCAUAUUGAUCUCUGUGGAACGGCAAUUGAAAGGUUGCCAUCCCUAAAUAUUUACUGCAGGCUCCACCAGCUUCUAUUGAAAGAUUGCUCAAACUUAGAAGAGUUGCAGAAUCUGAAUUCACUUACUCAACUGGAGGUUCUCGAUCUUUCAGGGACCAGAAUAAAGAAAUUUCCUUAUGAGAUAUCAGAGUUAACUUGUCUGGAGCGUCUUGAUUUGCCAGACUUGAAGGAUGUGCUUGAAAUUGACUUGGGAAAGAUAAAGUAUCUACCAGAAGAGUUGAACUGGGAUCAAUGCGGCCUUUUCAAGUAUACUGGUAAACUUGUGAAGUGUAAGAAGCCUACCAUAUUUGUAAGAGGUAACAAAAUUUUCCAGUGUUUGGAGAAAAGUCCUGAGUUAUGGAAAACAUAUUUCAAGCAAUUUCAUAUCGUUGUUGGUCAUCAUAUGAAGCAAGAUGAAGAUGGAGAUAUCAAUUUUUCCAAAGAUGGACUUUUCAUGAGAGAUAUCUAUUUCCGUACUAGAUAUUUUUGUUUUCCUGUGGAAGAUGUUCGGCUUUUGGAAAUCCAUGGAUCAUAUAUCCUUCCCAGUGGUUUUGACUGUGUCCUUAAGCACACUAAAUACUUGUUUUUGGUUGAUAACAAGUCUAUAAGUUGCUUAUCAGAUUUAGGUGCUGACAAUGUGGCAGAAAUGAGAGGCUGCUGGAUAGAGAGAUGUACCAAAAUGGAAAGUGUUCUUGAUGGAGAAGAGGUGGACAUCAGACUUGGGAGCAAUUUAGAGAUUUUAUGGGUCUCAAACCUUCCUAGUUUGAAGAAUCUUUACAGUGGAACUGAGGGCUUCAAGAACCUUAAACAUUUAUAUCUGGAUUGUUGUCCAGUAAUUGUAAAUGUAUUUUCUUCUUCACAGUUCCCUGAAAACCUCGAAGUUCUCCAUGUAAAAUUCUGUGAUAAAUUGGAAACCUUAUUCAGAUGCGAGACUAUGGAAGGGCGUGUAUUGCAGAAGUUACAAACAUUGCAUCUAUUUGAACUGCCAGAGUUGAGGAGCAUUGGGAUACGAUUGCCAUCUCAAUUGACUUUAAAUGUUAAGGAAUGUCCCAAGUUUGAGGAGCAUUGAGAUACAAUUGCUGUCUCAAUUGACUUUAAAUGUUAAGGAAUGUCCCAAGUUGGUAUUGUCGAUGAUGCAGGUAUAUCAGAAUUGCUGAGGAAUUUGAUGCAGUUGAGCAGAAGAACCAUAAAGAUUUUGGAGUUUAAAUUGUGGAGUAAGCCAAUACUUUGAAAUUGCUGGUAUUGUAUUUUUUUACUUGUUCUGGUCUUGUUGUGUAUAUGUCCUCCUCUUAUGUGUAGAAGAAGCAUUUAGCUCAUUCUUGUACAUUUUUUUGUGUCAUUGUACUGGAAAUAGCAACUUCAUAAGUGUGGAUUAAUUACAUUUAUGAAAAUUUGAUGUUAAAGAGAUGCCAGCCAGAGUAGAGCAAUGAAACCUCAACUUGGAUGGACAAAAAGUAUUCCUCUAAACUCAUAAGAUUUUGAUGUUGAA